GGGAGCCACAGACUCCGCUCUGCCAGCCCUCCAGCCCAGCUUCCCACCGCAGGCAGAGACGCUCCGAGCUGAACCCCAUGGCCCGCGCCGCGACCCCCGCCGCCCCCCGGCUCCUCCGCGUCGCGCUGCUGCUCCUGCUAGUGGUGGCCGCCGGCCGGCGCGCAGCAGGGGCGCCUGUGGUCACCGAACUGCGCUGCUGGUGCCUGCAGACCUUGCAGGGGAUUCACCUCAAGAACAUCCAGAACGUGAAGGUGACGCCUCCAGGACCCCACUGCGGCCAAACGGAAGUCGUAGCCACUCUCAAGACUGGUCAGGAAGUUUGUCUCAACCCUGAAGCUCCCAUGGUUAAAAAAAUCAUCAACAGGAUGCUAAAACAAGUAAGUCAUGGAUUUUAUUCCCACUUGCAACUAGAGUUGCAAAUACUGGCAUCUACCUCCUGAAAAUAUUAUUAGAGAAACCUAUGGUUUAGUUGCAGGACUGAAAAUCAUUAUUAUUUCCCCAUUAUAUUUGAUCUGGUCUGUGUCAGAAGGGUAUUUCCGGGGCCCUCUGUCCUGAUCCUCCUCUCCACUAUUCAAAUGAGUGUGGGUAUGUUCCUAAAAGAUAAAGUAGAUUUAGCCAGGGAUGGUAAAAUGCUUCUGACCUGUUAAGGAACAAACAUUGUUUACCUCCAUUCCUCAAUGGUUUCUACCUGAAAUGUGGAACCCCUGGUUUUGGGCAACAUGAGCCUCUGAAGCUUAGUAGUGAAGAGCAGGGACUUUUCAGUGAGACCUCCCUGAGGUCAAGUCUAGGAUACCUGUGAAAGGUUUUUAACCCCUUUGAGCAGGAACCUUUUCUGAGUGCAGAGCUGGGCCAGGGUCUACAUGCAGAAGUCCCUCCAGCCUCAAGGGCCUGAAAGAGAAUAGCAGCUUUCUUCAGCACCUGUAACACUAACCCUUUUCUCAUCACAGGGGCAGCACCAACUGACCUAGAGAGAAGUAAGAAGCUCAUAGGGCAUUUCCUGAAGAGCAGUCUCUGCUCUUGGAGGAACUGAAAAUGAAGAAGAGAACAGCUGGCUUCUGGGGACACCUAGAAAGGACUUGAUGUGCUGGACUAUUUUUUAUGAGUUCUAUUUAUUUAUACAUGUAUUUAUUUAUUUUUAUAGCUCAUAUUUUAAUAUUUUACAUGUUAGUAUUUAAAGAUGUCAGUGUGUUUAAUCAAACUUAA